CACUUAGUGUGAUCUAUCUGCUAUCAUUUGCUGUGGUUCUGAAGGCAAAAGAAGGUUCAGAUCUCCAAAAGAUACAGGGACCGUGCAGUCUAUAUAACAUCUGAGGGAACCUUCACCACUAUGAGCCAUUGCUCUUCUGCCCUUUCAAUACACUGAUGUAGUCAUUGAUUGGCUGGUAUGGUGGGGGGCAGGGAGUGCUCUCAAGUGAAUGCUCGGAGGACAGACAAGUCCUGUGGUGAAUGGAAAGGAGAGUUCAUGGAGACAUGGCCGAGCAGCACUUGCCCGUGGGUCAGGGUGUCCAAAUCCGUUUUAUUGAUGACCUGAAAGAGAACAAGAAACCAAGGAGCAUAAGGUCCAAGCAUGACUCAUACGGAGUGGCCAUCCGUGUUCAGGGCAUCGAUGGGCAACCUUUUGUGGUUCUUAACAGCGGAGACAAAUCCAAAUCUUCAUAUGGGGUUCAGAUCAAAACUAACAAUGCUUAUGGGAACUCCUCCGCCAACCCCACACCUGAUUACCAGGGACUUGCCAGCAAGGCAAGCCGGACAAUUCACUCCUUAAGUCCAGAGUCGGAUGUGCCGGAAAACCCCUAUGGCAAUAGGACCUACUCCCAAGUCGGUUCUCAGUACAGCAGUACUUCGGACGAGGAACAGAACUCCAGACCGCGCAGUAAGCCACGGGCCCUACAGCCUGCACGCAGGGAGGAGCUCCGGAGGUCCCAGUCCCAUGGUUCUUUAGUAGAUGCUGAAUUAGAGGAUUCCUAUGGCUAUGAUGGGCACUACAGUGAGCGUUCCUCCACCCUGGACACUACAUACUCCCAAUCAUCAGGCAGCCGUGGAAGCCUGAAGACUGCAGAUAAUGGAGAGGUGACAACGGGAAAAUAUAAGCCGGCAACUAGUCAACAACCUACCUCCUUCUCAACUUCCCUACAGAGGAAGAGUGGCCUCUCAACGUCUUCUUCUCCAAAGCUGCCAAGUGAAGACAUCGACACCAAGCCACUCUCCUCUGUAGAUUCUCUUAUCAAUAAAUUUGAUACUAAGGUCCAGAUGAGAGGAAGGACAGCAAGAAGGAGUCAGGCCUUGAAAGAUGAACGUAAGCGAUCACAGAGCCUUGAUGGACGGAGUUCUCACCAAGACACUGCUGACUACAGAGAAGUACAGACCACAGAAAGAAGUGUGCAGCAGGAGCGCACACAGAGCCGCCCCUUAGACAUGUCGUAUGAUAGAGCUUCCUUAGAGAGAGAGAGCGUCAACAAGCCCAGGCUGACCAAAGAAUGGUUGGCGCAGACAUUGGAAGAUCCAUUGUCUCAGUCACAGCAGAGGACGGUCCAGGCGGAACUUCAGCUGAAGAGCACACCAGACCUCCUGAAGGACCAGCAGCAAGAUGACCCCACUCGUGAGAUGAUCUACAGCAUCCUCCGGGACGGGUCUAAUGAGAGUGACAUCUUUCUGCGGAAGAAGACCAGUCUCCUCCUGGAAAAAAUUCAGUCUUUCCAAGCCUCACCAGGAGAGGACACCAGGACAUUGGUCUCUCAGAAGAAGGACCUGGAAAGGAGAGUUUCUGAGCUUCAGCAGCAACUGGACAUUGAGAUGAAGCAAAGAUUGAGGCAAGAAGCUUCUCAAGAACGUCCAAGGGCCUCGACCCUGAGGCUGGAGAUCCAGCUGGAAGAAUCAGUAGAGGAAUGUAAGAAGCUGAAGGAGCUUCUGGAGAAGAAGAAGAAUGAGCUGAACGCCAUGUCUCAGGAGUUGAUUGAAGUGCGGAUGAGCAAAGAACAGGUGGACACUAAACUGAGGUCCCUGGAAGGAAAACUUCAAGAUACUAAGGAAGAGGUGAACCAAAUGCAAUUAAAAGGAGCAAGCGGGGAUAAGCAUGCUCUGCUGAAGGAGCUGCAAGAAAUGCAGGAGGAGUUGGAUACGGUGCUGCAGAUUCGGAACAGGCAGGAUGAUCUGCUGAGACAAAAGGAGCGAGAACUCACAGCCCUGAAGGGGGCGCUGAAAGACGAGGUGGCCAAUCAUGACCAGGAGAUGGAGCGAGUCAGGCAGCAGUACCAAAAUGACAUGCAGCAACUAAGGAAAAACAUGGACAACGUAUCCCAGGACCAGCUGAGUCUGGAGUCUGAACGGCAGAAGAUAAACCAGGUUGUGAGAAACCUGCAGCGAGAGGUGGAGGAGAGCAGCGAAGAGAUCAACCAAUGGAAGGAAAUGUUCCAGAAGAAUAAAGAGGAGCUCCGCAAAUCAAAGGAGGAGGUUUUGCAGUUGAAGCUGGAGAAAGAAGAGUUUGAAGAUGAGCUGAACGAGAUGAAGAAUCGCUUCUCCCUGGUGCAGUCUGAGCUGGGCCAAGUCAAAAAGGACUCCGUGAACGCCGGGGAAGCAGAGUUCGCCAGGAAGGAGCUGCAGAGAUUUCAGGAGCAGGUGAAGCAGCUUAUGCAAGAGAAGCAAAGACUGGAAGAGACUCUGCGCCAGCGAGACCGGGAGCUGUCUGCCCUGAAGGGGGCGCUGAAGGAUGAAGUGUCUGGACGCGACCAUGACUUGGAACAACUGCGCGAACAGUUCAGCCGAGAGCUACAACAGGCCAAGAAAGAGUAUGAGGAGCACAUGCGGGAGCUGCAGAAAGUCCAGGACCAAGUAAAGCCUCUGAUGCAGGAGAAACACCAUCUGGAAGAGACUCUCUUCCAACGGGACAGGGAGCUAUCUGCUCUGAAGGGGGUGCUAAAGGAUAAAGUUUCCGGUCAGGACCGUGAAGCAGAGAAGAUGCGCGAACUGCUCAACAGGGAACUACAGCAAGCCAAGAGAGACUAUGAGGAGCUUUUCAAGGUUCAGAAGAAGGUGGAGGAUGAGAAGGCUGAUGCGGAGCGCAUGCGACAAGUGGUGGAGAACACCCUGCAGGACACUCGCGAUGAGAAUGAUGAUCUCCGCAGAAAGAUUCUGGGGCUGGAGGCGCAGGUGAAGGAGCUGAAAACAUUUUGUGAUGAUCUCCAGAGGGCAGAGACGAGAGUCAAGGACAAAAUCGGAAGAAUGGAAGCAGAGCGGCAGAGGAUGGAGGAGACUCUUGGAGAAGCCACAGACCAGAGCCAAGAGUUUGCACUAGUGAGAAGGGAUCUGGAGAACAAGCUGGACGAGGCUCAAAGGAACUUGAAACGUCUGACGCUGGAGUAUGAAGAGCUGCAGGAAUGUUACCAGCAGGAGAUACAACAGAAGGACCAGCUCAAGAAGACCAAGAAUGAGCUUGAAGAGCAGAAGAGGCUGCUGGACAAGGCAAUGGAUAAACUGACCAGAGAGCUGGACAAUAUGUCAAAUGAAUCGCGAGACUCCUUGCAGAUCCUGCAGAUGCAGUUAGAAGAAUACAAGGAGAAGUCUCGCAAGGAGAUGAACGACUCGCAAAAACAAGCGAAGGAAAAAACAGCCGAAGCCGAGAGACUGCAGAUUAAUAUCAGCAGACUGCAGGAAGAGGUGCAGCGUCUGAAGCAAGCACUUCAGGAGACUCAGGCAGAGAAGGAGAGUGCCGUGCUGGAUAAGGAGCUGGUUAGUCAGAGGCUACAGAGUAUACAGCAGGACAUCGACACCAAGAAACGCUUUCAAGAUGACCGAUCCAGGCAGGUGAAAGUCAUGGAGGACAAGAUGAAGCGUCUGGAGGCCGAGCUCGAUGAGGAGAAGAAUUCUGUGGAGCUUCUCACUGACCGGGUCAACCGCAGCCGGGACCAGAUGGAGCAGCUUCGAGGGGAGCUCAUGCAGGAGAGAACCAGAAGCCAGGACCUGGAGUGUGACAAGAUCUCCCUGGAGAGACAGAACAAAGAGUUAAGGAACCGUCUGGCAGACGUGGAGGGGCAGCAGAAACCCAAUGCCAGUCUGUCCCACCUGGAAGCCAAACUGCAGGAGGUCCAGGAGCGGCUGCAGAUGGAAGAAAGGGAGAAAAACACAUUACAAUCCUCGAACCGCAAACUAGAUAGGAAGCUGAAAGAGCUAAACAUUCAGCUGGAAGACGAAAGACUCCAUGUCAAUGACCAGAAGGACCAGCUCAACCUGAGGGUGAAGGCUCUGAAGAGGCAGGUGGAUGAGGCCGAGGAGGAGAUAGAGAGAAUGGAGGCGCUUAGGAAGAAAGCCCAGCGAGAGCUGGAGGAGCAGCUGGAGAUCAAUGAGCAGCUCCAGGGCCGCCUGAAAGCUAUGGAGAAAGAGUCACGUCGUAAGCCAGUCCGUCCUGCUGCAGAUGAUGACCUCAGUUCAGAUGAUGGGUCGUAUGAUCCCAGCUCCAUCGCCUCCCUCCUCACCGAGAGUAACCUUCAGACCAGUUCCUGCUGACCAUAUGAAAGACAUAAAGCUUUAAUGUCAGACAGGAGGUGACCCUGCUGUGGAUCCCCGAGUAUUACAUUGCCUCCAUGUGCAUCCAUGUAGGAGCCUGCAAUGAGAUCGGCCCCUCCUGGAUAUUACUGUCAUGUGAUGCUGCAUGGUGGGAUGGUACCUCCAUCCAGAUCUUUAUUGUCUGCACAUCUGCUGUACAGGUGUAUGGCAGGAGGACUUGUGGAGAAUGUAGCCCACCGUGCCUUUCCAGGCGGGGUUUCCACUGCUAAGUCUUUGGACACUCUGCUAAUCCAUAACCGCACUCUCUAAAAGCUUCGAGGCCGUCCAGCUGCGUUUGGCCCUACACAUGACCUGUCGUGCCUAAGUAUAGGAACCUAUAAGGUGCUAGAUGCCACGUAUCCAGCUACAUCCAAUGAGUGCCUCUAUACCACUGCACGACUGACUGCGAGUAGAGGCCAGAAGAGCCUCCGCUACUGUCUGUACUCACACUUACCUACCCGAGCCAUGUGUGCUGCAUGUGUGUUAUUUUCUAAUGGUGUGUGUAAUAUGACUGUGCAAUCCGUGUUACUAUAAAGGGGCGUUUAUAAAGUGCAAAUAAUAUAUGGGUGAUGGGAUAAGCACAUUCCUGCAUAUCCAUGAGGGUAAAGAUCUAUAAAUCAAAUGCAUAUAAUAAUAUAUAGCUCAUCAGCCAGAGGUGCGGAGUUCAUGUUGGGGAAGGGGGUUGCAUGUUUUGCACCUCUCGGGUGACAUGGACCGCUCCUUGUCUUGCAUGGUGUCCUGAGGAGAACUGCUUUUUUUUCUCUACAGAGGAAUUAUUUGUAUAUUGGAAUUGGUUUUGUAUCGGAUCCAGGAGUGCUGCUCUCUUUGCUGAUGUAUACGUCAUGCAUUAAAUAAAAGAACCUCU